CCAAGAUGCCAAGAUGCCUACUUUUCCGCCCGAGCGGAGUUGAGGUGGUUGUCAUUGGCUGUCCUCAUUUGAGCACAUUGUUGUUCCCUUGGCAUCGCCGACGAGACUGAGGAAAUCAACUGCUCGGCGUUAGCUUCUCAGACAUGCAGUUGGAAUUUAAAGGUGAGAAGGUUUUUGGCGCAGAGCUCGCCAUUGGAUGGACUCAUGGCUUGAUGAAGCUGUGCGAUGACGAGAUUGGUUCCUGAAUAUCUUUAACCUUCUCAUUGACAUGCCAAUGCUUCUUAUUGGCUUCAAUCGCUGUCCAUUGGCCCUGGAGACCAUGGCCGCAAGGGUUCUGGAUGCACUGGCCUCGUGGACGACAGCCGCCAUGAGUUAAUAGAUCGCAAGAGGGAGUAUAAACACUCUCGUUGAUCUCGUCUUUCUGUUUCUCUUCUUCAUCUCACAUCUCACAUCUCACAUCUCUGUCCGUCCGUUCGCCGCACCCAGACCUUCUCAUACCUCACCUCAUACCUUCACCUCUCUCUCUCAAUCCCACGCACUACCCCCACCCUAUCUCUCAAAAUGAAGUCCCUCAUCCUCCUCCCCGCCCUCGCCUCCCUCGCAACCGCCCACUACAGUAUCGUCUUCCCCAAAUGGCGCGGCGACUCCUUCGCCGACGGCACAAGCCAAUGGAUCUACCCCUGCGCCAACGUCACCCAGGAGAAGUCGAACCGUACUCUCUGGCCCCUCGAUGGCGGGGCCCUUAACAUCCACCUGCAUCAUGCGUGGACUUACUACGCUGUCAACCUCGGUAUUGGAACAGUUGAGCCAGCCUUCACGACUGCCCUGACGCCCGAGCUGCACAACACCACCGGGAACGGCACGCUCUGUAUCCCAAAGCUAUCUGUCCCAGCGGGCCUAGCGAAGGAGGGCGACAAUGCAACCGUGCAGGUUGUAACGUUUAGUGAUAUGGGCGCAGCGCUUUACAACUGUGCAGACAUCACAUUCUCCUCCAAGGCGGUCGACCCCACAGACUGCAAGACCGAGGGUGUCAAGGAGGUCAUUGUCGGUGCUGAGGCGGCGAAGACCUGUACUGAUAGCGCGAAUAAGACUGGUGCGGCGGCGAUGGCGUCGCAGAGCACUGGUGGUGCUGUGGCGUCGUUUGCGGGUGCCGGUGCCGGUGUGCUGGCUGCUGCGGUGGCUGUGGGGUUGAGCGUUCUGGUUUAGGGGAGUUGUUAUGGGAGGAUUAAAAUGUAAAGUGGGGGGAGAGAGUAAUGUGGAUGAAGGCUGUCGUGGCUUUGUGGGUACGACAAUAGGUACUAGAGAAGGUUAUGAUUCAUAUUAAAUACUCUUAAAGCAUAGAGCUGAAUACAAUAUGCUGUCUGAAC